GUCAAUUUACAAUAAGAUGUUUUUAUGCAUUUAUCAUAGCGUUAUUUGUUUCUUCAAAAAAAGUUUUUAAAUAUCAAAACAAUCACAAAAAUCACAAAAUGACUGCUUAUCAAAUAUCGGAUUUGGUAUCUGGAUUAAAAUCACGCCAUGCAGAUACUCGGCAUAAGGCUAUUCGAGAAUUAUUGCAUUUUGCUAGGACUGAUUUACGAGAAAUGUCCCAAGAUGUUUUAACGCAAGUCUUGGAUGAUUUUAACCAACAUAUACAUGCACUGACAUCCAGCUACGAUAAUAAUGAAAAGAAAGCUGGGAUACUCACAAUAGUCUGUCUUAUUGGAGGGGAUACUGAAACAACAAAAACGAGGCUUAAUCGUUACGCUCAAUAUUUAAGAAAUAUAUUUCCAUCUAACGAUGUCAGUAUAUUAGAACUGGCAGCUAAGACAAUGGGACGUCUGGCUGUGUCCCUUGGAGUCAAGAGGGGAGAGUAUGUUGAAAUUGAAAUUAAAAGAGCAUAUGAAUGGUUAUCCGAAGAGCGUAGUGAGAGUAAGCGACUGUCAGCUGUCUUAAUACUACGAGAACUGGCAAUUGCUAUGCCUUCAUACUUUUACCAACAUAUCAGUGGGUUUUUCCAUAAUAUUCACAGUGCUCUCCGAGAUCCUAAAGAACAGAUACGUGAAUUGGCUGCUAAGACUUUAAGAGCCGCAUUUGUUGUGACAUCUCAGAGAGAGCAACCGGACCAAAGCAAUAAAGUACAAUGGUAUUCUGAAUGCUAUGAAGAAGCUAUGACAUCAUUUUCUGAUAACACUAUUAGAGAACGAGGUUUGAGUAGAGAUGAACAUGUUCAUGGUGCUUUGUUAAUUUUGAAUGAACUAUUGAGAUGUUCUAAUGCUGCUUGGGAGAAGAAAUACACAAUGCUAAUGCAGAAGUUAGAUACAGAACAAGAUGUGUCGGAUGAAAUGCUCUCUCUGAGUUCAAAGAUGCACAACUCAUGGACACUACAAAGUUUUGAGGAGAAGCAUACUGCUGUUGGCAUUUAUGAGUCAAAUAUUUGUAGAAAACUAAUUGUUGAAAAAUAUGAAAAGAUAGCUUCUGAGGUAAUGGCACAACAAAUAUCAAGAUCACAUAGUGUCCAUCAAAUGUUAUUGUUAAUAAUACCAAGACUGGCUGCUUUAAAUAGAGAUGCUUUUGCAAAGAAACAUCUGAAGUCUACAAUAAAUCAUCUCAUAACUUUCUUAAGAGGAAGAGAAAAAGAAAAGGCUAUGGCUUUUACUACACUCGGCCUGGUCUGUGUUGCUGUAGAGUGUGAUAUUCAAAUAUAUUUGGGUAGAAUUAUAGAAAUCAUAAGACUAACUUUACCAGUUAAAGAUGUGCCGAAGAAACGUAUCGGAACUGAUACUCCAUUGUUCAAUUGCGUGACUUUGCUAGGAUUCGCAAUGAAAGAAGAUGUGGCUAGUGAAGUGAAAGAACUCCUGGAUCCAAUGUGUGCAACAGGUUUAAGUCCACAGCUUACCACAUGUUUUAAGGAAUUAAGUCAAAAUUUACCAUCACUGAAACUAGAAAUAACAGAUCGGUUGCUUAAUAUUCUUUCACUGAUUCUUAGAAAGAAACCAUAUAUUAGUAAUAAUUCCGAGCAGCACUUUACUCAUAUGUUAUCCAAUGCUUUAUUGAGUGAACCUCAAGAUGCUAAUAAAUUGGUUCUAGCUCUGCGUACUCUUGGUGCCUUUGAUUUUGAAUGGAAUAAUACAUUAAUGUCUUUCAUCAGAAGGUGCACAGACUAUUAUUUACAGAGCGAACAGCACGACAUUCGGCUAGAAGCUGUCAAAACGGCUGCAAAACUAUUGAUUAAAGCUAUUGAAAGAUGUGCUCAAACGAAUUCUCGCACUUUAAGUCUGAUCGUCGAUGAAUCGCUGGGAAAGCUUUUGGCUGUCGGUAGGUCAGAUUUUGAUCAAGAAGUACGUUUCAAAGUUCUGGAAGUCUUUACAAAUCCAAUCUUUGAUAAAUAUUUAGCAAACGAAGAACACCUUAAUAGUCUGUUUGUUGCAAUAAAUGAUUCUAACAGUGAAGUGAGUGAGUUAGCAUUAUGCAUAGUCAGUAGAUUAAGUAAUAUUAACCCAAGUUAUACUACUCCAACAUUAAGAGAAUAUUUUGUGCAAGUUCUUAUAGAGUUGCAGCACUCAGAAUCUACUCGCAACAAAGAACAAUCUCUAAGAAUGGUUAACAAUAUCAUAUCACAUGCGCCAAGGAUUACUCGACAAUUAGUCGAUACUAUUCUUAAAGUUCUCGUACCGAAACUUCGGGAAGAAACUGGAAAUUCAGCUAUGAUUUUAACAAUAUUGAAAGCAAUAGGAGAUCUUGCUGAAAUAAAUGGUGGGGGAAAUUCCUUAACUCAAUGGCUACCGGAAGUGAUAUCAAUUCAAUUAGAAAUUCUGGCAGAUCCUAAUCAGAUUGAAAAAAGAAGUGUAGCACUAUGGUCAUUUGGACAAGUGAUUAGUGCCAUAGGCUAUGUAGUUACACCUUACAUGGAGUAUCCACAUUUAAUGGACAUGCUUUUAAAUUUCCUAAAGACUGAACAACAAACUCGUGAUAGGACAGAAACUAUACGAGUUUUAGGUUUAUUGGGCGCACUAGAUCCGUACAAACAUAGAGUAAAUCAAGGAUUGAUAGACUUUCAAACAAUGUCCACUUUAAUUCCGAUACCAGAUACGACUGCGAAUUACGAUAAUUUCGAAAUGAAUGUAAGUGAUAUGUUAGUAAACAUGUCUCCGUUAGUCCUCGAUGAAUUUUAUCCAGCGAUUGCAGUCGCGUCUUUGAUGAGGAUGCUUCGCGAUCCUAUGUUGGCCAGACAUCACACCAGCGUUGUGCACUCAGUGACUUUCAUAUUCCAAACAUUAGGUAUUAAAUGUGUCCCAUACAUUUCUCGAGUAACACCUGGUCUUUUGUAUGUAAUUCGUACAACUGACAAUAGUAACUUCCGUGAAUUUUUAUUCACUCAAUUGGCGCAGCUAAUUUCUGUCGUGAAAAUUCAUAUACGACCAUAUUUAGAAGAAAUAUUCGACAUAAUUAGAGAGUAUUGGACACCAGAUAGCCCUCUACAACCUACUCUGAUUUUAUUAGUCGAACACAUAACAGUAGCGAUUGGAACUGAAUUCAAAAUCUAUCUGAGAAAAAUACUACCAAAUAUAUUACGAGUAUUAAAAUACGAUAGGACAAAGGAUAAAUUUUUAACAGAGAAACUAUUGUUGGCAAUACAAAAGUUUGAGAAUAAUCUAGACGACGUUUUACUGUCCGUUGUACCAGCUGUUACAGCUCUCUUUGACGGUAGAAAUAUUCCAACAUCCAUAUCGAAACUGGCUUUGGAGACGAUCGAACAUUUAUCCGUGUAUUUAUAUUUAAAACCUUAUUCGGCUAUAAUAAUACAAGCUACUGCAAAAGUUUUAGACAACAAUCCAGCUUUGAGACAAACUGCGAUGAACACAUUGUGCGCUUUAAUAGUUCAAAUGGGUCGUGAAUAUAUAGAUUAUAUUCCAUCCAUCGAUAGAAUACUGCAAAAGCAUAAAAUACAUUAUCCGAAUUAUAUAGUGCUGGUAACGCGUUUACAAAUUAACUCUACUCUCGCUUCGGAUGAUGAUUAUUUGGAUGAAACUAGGUCGAGGUUACGAAAUCAGAAAAGUGAUGUAAUGAGAAAUACAAGCGAAACUCAAGUUCAAAAGCUGACACUGAACGUAAAGAAUUUACGAAAGUGUUGGUCGACAAAUAAUCUGAUAUCCAAAGAAGACUGGCUGGAGUGGUUGCGUCGACUUAGCGUUGGCUUCCUUACUGAGUCUAACAGUCACGCCAUCAGGGCAUGUUCGACAUUAUCUCAAAACUACCCUCAGUUAGCCAGUGACUUGUUUAAUGCGGCAUUCAUGUCUUGUUGGACGGAGCUCGGUGAGCAGCCUCGCAGGGAGCUCGUGAUGGCGUUAGAACGAGCUCUUACAGUACCCGAUGUUCCAGAAUUAUCAUUAGCUGUUUUGAAUCUGGCUGAAUUUUUGGAGCAUUGUGAAAAAGGUGUCCUACCUAUUUCAAUUAAAUUACUCGGAGACACCGCAAUCAGUUGCCGAGCGUACGCUAAAGCAUUGUACUACAAGGAAGAAGAGUAUCGCCGAAAUCCAACAACACAGGUUGUCGAAGCUCUAAUACAUAUUAAUAACAAACUUCAACAGAAAGAAGCAGCCAAUGGCUUACUAGAAAAGGUGAUUACGCAAAAGAAGAAUGGCGAUUGUUCUCUAAAUGUUCACGUACGAUGGUACGAAAAACUUCACAAUUGGGAGCAAGCAUUAGAUCUGUAUGAUAAGAAAUUAGAAGUUGAACCACAAGAUACUGAAGCGAGAUUGGGCAUGAUGAGGUGUUUGGAAGCAAUGGGGGAAUGGAGGAAGGUGUAUAACAUUACUAAUGAUCAAUGGGAUACUAUGAGUGAUGAUUUCAAAACGAAAUCCGCAAAGAUCGCAGCGGCCGCGUCGUGGGGCUUACAGGAAUGGGACUCUAUGAAAAAGUAUGUCAAUUGUAUUCCAGAAGACAGCCAAGAUGGCGCGUUUUACAGAGCUAUUUUAUCGAUCCACGAAGGUCAGUGGCCGGAGUCGAGGCAUUACAUAGACACUGCGAGAACUUUACUCGAUGGCGAACUGACUUCAGUAUUAGGCGAGAGUUACCAAAGGUCAUAUGGAGCCCUAGUCAAUGCACAAUUGCUGACAGAACUAGAGGAAGUUGUAACGUAUAAACUUGUAGAAGAACGACGAAGUACUAUACACAGAACUUGGUGGGCGAGGCUUCAAGGCGGUCAGCGUCUAGUCGAAGACUGGAGGAAGAUGCUUCAAAUACGAAGCCUUGUUAUGACUCCUCGGGAAGAUUUUCAGACUUGGCUUAAAUUCGCUUCCCUGUGCCGAAAAACCGGUUCAGUAACACAAGCCCAUAAGAUUGUUCUUUCCAUUUUGGGAUGUGAUCCCUACACGAAUCCAGAUAUACUUCGAAUGCAGGAUCCGAGGAUCGUAUUGGCUUAUAGUAAAAAUUUGUGGGAAGGUGGAAAUAAACGCUACGCAUACGAUGUACUGCAAAGGUUCGUUGAUAACUCCGAACCAGAAAAUGAUGAUCAUUGCAAACUGCUCGCUCGAUGUCACUUGAAGUUGGGCUCUUGGUGCGAGUCACUUCAGGAAAUCAACGAGUUGUCUAUACCGGAGAUAUUAAGGAAUUACUCAGCUGCAACUAUGCUGGCUCCCGAUUGGUACAAGGCAUGUCACGCGUGGGCCUGUAUGAACUUCGAAACGGUCCUUUUUUAUAAGCAGCAGGAUAAUAUAUCUGAAAGCAGUCUCGCCGGUGGUUCAGGAGAGAAAAAAGUGUCUAGAGCUGAUUUUAUAAAUACACAUACAAUACCGGCUAUCGAAGGGUUCUUUAAAUCUAUCAGUUUGUCAAAUGGCAAUUCCCUUCAAGAUACAUUGAGACUUCUUACUUUAUGGUUCGACCAUGGCCAUCACCCAGCUAUAUACGAUGCAUUAUUUGAAGGAAUACGACAAAUUGAUAUCAAAAUAUGGCUCCAAGUAAUACCUCAGCUUAUAGCUAGAAUUGAUUCACCGAGAAGUUUGGUUGCAAAAUUAGUUCACAUUUUACUAAUAGAUAUUAGUAAAUCCCAUCCUCAGGCUUUAGUUUAUCCUUUAACUGUAGCCACGAAAUCUUCAUUCGUAACGAGAAAAACUGCCGCCAACUAUAUACUAAAAACGAUGUGCAGCCACUCUCAGAAUCUUGUAACCGACGCUGCUUUGAUAUCAGAAGAAUUAAUUAAAGUAGCUAUUUUGUGGCAUGAACAGGUCUUUAUAGCCCUUGAUGAGGCUUCCCGAUUGUAUUUUAGUGAAAAAGACUACAGAGGAAUGUUCAGAACACUAGACAAAAUGCACACAAUGCUUGAACGACCUCCGGAAACAUUGAAAGAGGUAUCAUUCUUACAAAUGUAUGGGAGAGAUUUACAAGAGGCACAGAGAUGGUGCGAACUUUAUAAGGAGACGAGCGAGGAGCGCUACCUAAACGAGGCGUGGGAUCUUUACUACCACGUGUUCCGGCGGCUGUCGGCUCAGUUCCGCUCGCUGACGUCACUGGAGCUGCAGUACGUGAGCGAGCGCCUGCACGCCUGCAGGGACUUUGAGCUCGCAGUACCCGGCUCAUAUGUACCCGAUCAGAAUGUGAUCAGAAUAUCACAUAUUAAGAGCCAGUUGCAGGUGAUCAAAUCAAAGCAAAGACCGCGUCGUCUUACAAUCCAAGGAUCUGAUGGCAAAGAGUACAUGUUCCUACUCAAAGGUCACGAGGAUCUGAGGCAGGAUGAGCGGGUGAUGCAGCUCUUUGGUCUGGUCAAUACCCUGCUACAGUCAGACACUAAUACCUACCGCCACGACCUAGCCAUACAGCGGUAUGCAGUCAUACCGCUAUCCCCUAACUCCGGGCUCAUAGGCUGGGUACCCCAGUGCGACACACUGUACAAUCUUAUCAGCGAUUACAGAGACAAAAAAUCUAACAAACUGGCUCUGAACACUGAGCAGCAGAUCAUGCAAAGAAUGGCGUCCGACUAUCAGAAGCUUAUGUUGAAACACAAGGUGGAAAUAUUCGAGUACACAUUAUCGCAAACACCCGGAAAUGACUUGGCAAGACUUCUCUGGCUGAAGAGUCCGUCAGCGGAGGCGUGGUUCGAGCGGCGCACCAACUACACGCGGUCACUGGCCGUCAUGAGCAUGGUGGGCUACAUCCUCGGUCUCGGAGACAGGCACCCUUCAAACAUAAUGCUGCACAGAGUCUCAGGCAAAGUCCUGCACAUAGAUUUCGGUGAUUGCUUCGAAGUUACACAAACUAGGGAGAAAUUUCCGGAAAAAAUACCAUUUAGAUUGACUAGGAUGUUGAUUAAUGCUAUGGAGGUGACCGGUAUCGAAGGCACAUAUCGCUUUACAUGCGAGUCAGUGAUGCACGUGCUUCACAAACAUCGCGACAGUGUGAUGGCGGUACUCGAGGCUUUCGUAUACGAUCCGCUCUUAAACUGGCGGCUGAUAGACAACGACCGUCAUUCCAUCACAGAGUCCACCUUCUCAUCAGACAUCGACUCCUCGUACUCUCUCCCCAGCAGGAGUAGAAACCAUCUGCAUUACGAAUCAUUAGAAAUACCUCCAGAAGCUAGUCUUAAUAAGCGAGCCCUCGCCAUAUUGAAUCGUAUUAGAGACAAACUGACAGGACGGGACUUCCCCCAAAUAGAAGCGGUUGUGAGUGUACCGAAACAAGUCGAUAUGUUAAUUAAAAUUGCAACUAGUAAUGAGAAUUUAUGUCAGUGUUAUAUUGGAUGGUGUCCGUUUUGGUAAAAUUACCGAUUUAUAA